CAGCUGCAAAUGCAGCAUGGGUGCCUGAUAACUGAGUGACACCCAAGCUUGCUGGUUUUCUUGGCCUGGUCCUUUGGACCAUGAUUUCGCUCAUCCUCCUGGUUCCGUUGAAUUAGAUCUUAUCCUAUGGACCAGGAGGACUAUCUGUCUACACUCAGGACUAUGCUGUCGAGACGCUGCGGUGUGUCCCGCGGUUAUUGGCUGUCUGUUACUCGAUGGUUCGAUCAAAGUCACUAGGUGAGGAGGAUGAGGAACUUUUAGCUGCCCCUGUCGUGGAUGAUAGGCACUUAAGGUCUACUCUUGCUGUGGUCUCAAGGAUUGUGAAGUUGCUGGAUCUAGUGGUUGCUGCCCAUGGACGUUCUCCAGAGGAUGAGGAGUGCAGAGAUUGGGUGGUCCAGUUUGUGGCUAGCCUGCCUGUUCUGCAUCGCAGACUGAGGUGGAGUGUGCCACCUUUUUCAGCAGGCGCGGGCCCUCUUGCCGAGGAAGUUCGAAGCCUAGAUGCAUCGCAUAGCCAACCACCCCUGAUUGGACUUGUGGAAGAUGCAAUUCAUCUGGCACAGAGAGUAGUGUCAAACGAUCUCACACUAAUGAUCAAUCUCAAGCUAUAUGUUGCUGCAUCGAUUCUGGAGGCGUUUGGCAAUGCAAGAGUGUUUGCACAGCAGCAGGGGCUGCUUCAUACAGGUGCUUGUAACCAUUUCCAGUGCUGUACGCUCCCAAUUGCAUGCUCCCCACAAGUUGUGAGUUAUGCUCUGGAGAUGGCCCGUGAAUUGUGCUGCCACACUCUUCCUCUCCCGGUCACACAUGUGGAUGGCCAAUCCCAAUCUAUGAAAGCAGCUCCCAGUUUUCUUCUUCGGCGAACAAUGUCAUCAGCAUCUCGGGAGUAUGUGCUGCAUGGGGAGAGAUUUGACUUUCACAAGCUGAGGACCAGAGAGGAAAGAAUACCUGUUCUGCUGCCGUUGGGAGGGCCCUGGUUAGAGAACUGGCUGCAGUUGAUGUCAAUGCUCCACAUGUGGGGAAUGCCACUUUGUCUUGGGUCUGUCAGGGAGGCUGAGAAAGCAGGGUCAGAGCAAAGUGAGGAUGAGGUAGUGGGUAUGGCAGGCUGUGAUUCAGCGACAGUGGCUAGUGAGGAUGAAGUGUGGUUUGCAGACCUGUUUUCGGAGACUGGGAGGCAGUCAAUGGGUGGAGGGAGCGUUGGGGAUGUUUCUCUCCAGCAGAGUGCCUCAUUUAGAAAAGGUUUGGAAACUGGUGCAGGUGGGAACAUGUGGAUGCUUGCUGCACUUCGUCUUGUGUCAUUCUUGAGGGACUGUGUUUUCAACCCGCUCUGGGAUUUGGACAUGUGCAGGAGUGCGUGCUUAUCCCUGAGCAAGGAGGACAUUGAUGCAUUGCUCCGUACUUAUGCAUCCUGCCGGCAACUCUUAGGAUCAGAUACCUCCUCCACAGGCCAUGUCUCAAACAAUCGCAGAGAAGGUGAUCAAGAUGCAGAAAAUAUCAAAAAGUUGGUUGGACAGUUUGCAAAGGCACUUUACUCGUUGCUCUUCUCAAUAAUGCAGAAGGGGAUCCUCACAGAUGACGUGCAGCUGCACUUUGUAAACUCUGUUCUCAGUGAGGUUGAUGGUGAGGAAGGCCAGACACCUUCUGAAGAGAUGAUACUUCUGGUAGCAAGAUUGCUUGUGAGAAGAGUCAAGGAGCGCGGAAAUGUGCGAGAGAAGCUGAAGCAUCAUGGUGAGGAGGAGCCUGAUGGUCUUGUAUGGGCCGUUGUGGAGGGCUCUAUCUCUCACUUACAGGAUCAGUGGGAGAACGUCGUUGCUCUGACAGUGGGAAGGGGGCAGUCUGUGCAUCUUGAGAAAGAGGUACUUGCCCUACCAUCUCUUUUACAUAUGGAGGUUGUGGUUCUUGCAUACCACUUCAUAGGGCCUUCUGGGCGUUCCAGAGCCCUCUCACAUCUACUUGGGGUUCUACAGAAGGGAACUGACCUUGCAGAAAAGAGCGGGACAUCCUUGGCCACAGAGGGGCCCAUCAUUUCUGUUUUUCGUCUGGUUGCAGCCAGGUUGGUUCUGUUGCUCAGAUACAUGCUAGUCUACUUCGACAGCUUUCCCACUUGGCUGCUAACCGAUAUGCAGCGCUACCUAAGAUACACACCUGAUGACUCCUGUCUUGUCCCUGGCCCUGGUGACGUCUUUUCCAGACCUGGUGCAAGUGAUCCAACAUUUGGGUCAUGGGCAUCCAUAUUGGGUGUGAGUGUUGCAGACGAUUCUCAAAGUGUCGAGGCUGGGUUGGAUGGACGGACGCUGGGAAUGCUUUUUGAAAUGGGUGAUGCGCAGGAUGCAGAAGCCACUUUGCGCGACAGUGGAGCAGCACAGCUGGAAAAAAUUGGAUGGAAUGUAGAUUUAGCCUGGCAUUUGCUUUGCAGGAUUCUAAAGGUUGGACGGAGUAGAAGUGGCCCCCAGAGUUUACUGGAUCUGCUAGUGGAGAGGUAUCUCUUUCAUGCCUGUUGGAAGUUUCUGAUCAACCUUCCCAUAUCUGAUGGAAUGCGGGGUGGAUUCAUGGAUGAGGCAUGGUGGUGUGCAUGUGAGGGAUCAGGCAUGGUGGUGUUGGCACGCCUUGGAAGGUUUGCCAAGGCAUGCAUCUUAAAUGAGGAAGAAUUUGAUGCCUCAACUGUCAUUGCAUGCUUUAGGGGUGUCUUGGUUGAGCUCAAAAGUGUACUCAUUGGCAACAAGGAGAAGGUGAAUGAAUGGCGGCUUUUGGAAUGGAGUGCAGUAGCUGACUGCUUAUGUCGAUUCAUGCAUGUGGGUUACAAACAGAUAAUAGGGCAGCCAACAACAAUUCAACCUUCUGGUUGUCAGGCAAUGUGCGACCCCUAUCAUAGAAACAGAAAAUCUCUAAGUGUAGGACCAGGUGGGGAGUCCAUUAUUGCAAUGAUUGUCAAUGAUGCACAUGGCUCAGAGAUUAUCGAGCUUCUUUCCUGUGUUCUGGUGUGGUUCAAAAACCAGACGCUUGCCGCAGUUCAGUCAGCUGUUGAAAGCAUUAUGGAGGAUGGAGGUAGGGGUAACAGUAUGGCCGUGAUGAUGAUGCUUCAAGCUGGGAUCAACAGGAAUGGUCUCCAGCACCUGCCUAGGAAGCUGGUUGACCAGAUGCAGCGGCUACUUCGGUGGAACUCUGCAAUGACAUGGGACAAAGAGGUUGCAAGUCUUGUGGCAUCCAAAGAAGGCUGCGAUUUCAGAGAUGGUAAAAAUGUUCAAUCUGUGCUGUUAUCAGGCCUGUUGCAUGGGUUCUCGCCCAUGGCCAAUGAGAGGAGUGCUGCAGUUGCUUCUUGUUUGCAGGUUCUGUCUUCAAUCACCGGGGCUAUUUGUGGCUGGUUGAAUGCUACUAAGAAAAUGAGGCAUGCCGGGGACAGAGCACAGGAAACAGAAGAAGAAGAAUGGAAGGUGAAGAAGAGGAUUCUGCCAACCAUGAUGACCUUUCAGCAGAAUUCUGUAUUUGAGGUGUUGAGUGGCAGCUGCCAAUCGAUGCUCUCUAAGGAUGAGCUCUUUGCCGCUAGAGAUGUAUAUGCUCUUAUAAACAUAGAGUCCAUCUUCAGACAGCUUGAAUCUCUUGGGGAUGAUGUGGCUGUAGAGUGUAUUGUUGUUUUUUGUGUUAAGAUCAUGGAGGAAAUGUGGGGAAAUUCUGCUGGGCAAAUGUGGCUGUGCAGGUACUUUUUCGAAAGCAAUAACAAAGGUGACAACAAGGCAGGCAAUGGCAUUGUGAACAUUCUGCCACUGGGAACUGGUGAAUUCUCAUCACUAUUCCAUAUUCUUGAAUGGAACAAGAAUGAGUCGGUGAAUGUAAAUGUCUUGCACCUUCUUACUGGUCUGUUGAAGGGGUCGGGAGUGCAGGAGGCAGUGGAAAGUAGUCAUCCAUACUCAGCGGUGCGAUGGAAAAGGCUUGCACUUGGUUUUUGGGAAAUUAUGGAGAAGAAACUAAUGAGUAUGGAGAGAGAUGAGCUUGCACUCUGGAUUGAGGAUAGGCUUAUUGGAGUCAUGGUUGAAAGGGCGGUAGAGAACGAUGCCUGUGUUGGUGUGUCCCAAAGGAUUGCCUCAUCUACUGUGAGAAAUGCGACUGUGGAGUUUAUUGAUGUUCUUGCCAAAGGGCCUUUUGAGGAAGCUGGUGGUUCGGUGAGUGCAGAGAGGAUAGAGAAUUUGAGGAAUCACAUUCUGUCAGCAAUGCUAUCACACCUUGAAUCUGCCUUUUUGUUUGCGGAUGUAUCCUCUGUUAAACCAUUUUUCCAAGAGGUUGUAAAGCUGGCAGUCGGAGUGGGGCCUGUGAAGCAAGUGGUGGCAACGGUGGUUGGCAUUCUGAAGAGGUUUGUGGAGCAGUCCACGUCCAGUGACCGGCUUGAAGGGCUCCAACCUCUGCUGUUAUUCCUGGCAUGCUGUUUGGCCAGCUGUGGAAGCGGGGAUGGAAAAGUUUGUGGGAGAAAUCUAGCAGGCUUGGGAGUGAGGGGUGAAGAUGGAUUUGGAGGUGAACCACCUCAUGGCUUUGACGUUGGAUUUGGCAAGGUGGAGCCCACAGCUACUGCACCAGGAAGCAGAACUGAAGUUGCAGUUGGUGGAAAUGGGGUGCAGUGGGAAAGGAACGCCCUAACUGCUGUUGAUUGUGAAGCUGUUUCUGUUGAUGAGGAAGAGGACGAUGCAAUGUCCGACGGAGAGGCAACAAGUGGAAUGGAUAAGCUAGAUGAUGAUGAUGAUGAUGAAGAGGACAGUGAGCGUGCCCUGGCAUCCAGUGUUUGCACGUUUACGUACAGUGGAAGCAAUUUCAUGGAGCAGCAUUGGUACUUCUGUUACACAUGCGAUUUGACCCAUUCAAAAGGGUGUUGCUCGGUCUGUGCCAAGGUAUGUCAUAAAGGGCACAAAGUUGUGUAUUCGAGGUUGAGCCGUUUCUUUUGUGAUUGUGGUGCCACUGGGGUGAGGAGCAAUGGUUGUAUUGCAUUGAAGCCAAGAAAGUAUGUGCCACCUCCGAAGGCGCCUCCACCUCCUAUAAGUGAUGGCGGCUCAGUGCAGUCCCGCGGGCUGCCAAGUUCGGCUGUGCAGACUGCUGGUGGAGUGGGGAGGCUUAUUGGGCAGUCUCCAGAAAGUGACUCCGACACUGAGGAGGAGGAGGUUUCAUCCCUAGGAAUAAUUGGAAGUGAGGCGAAGAACAUCUUUGGAAUGACUGUUGCAGUGUUAAUAAGCCCAGAGGAAGAGGCUGCAAUGAUGGAGGAUCUGUGUAGGCUUGAUUUGGAAGGGAGUGUUCUUGCCCUAUCACGGAGACUGAUUUCUGCACUUGAUAUGAAGGAUCGGGCCAUGAGGGGUCUGGAGGAGGUUGAGGUGGAAUGGUCCGAGGCGAAGGUGCUUGAGUGGAAACUAGAUGUUCUGACUCUGAGGAAGGCUUACAAGGCAGGAUCUCUGGACAUGAAGAUAAAAGCAGAGUAUCCGAGCGCAAGGGAGUUAAAGAACCAACUAGGAAAUGGUUUCCUGUACAAAUCAGUUCUAAGUAUUAGUAGGAGGGGGAAGCUUGCUGUUGGGGAAGGUGACAAGGUGGCAGUCUUUGACGUUGGUCAGCUGAUUGGGCAGCCAUGCACAUCUGUUGUUGCGUUUGAGAAGGCAGCCGUGAAGCGACUGUCCUGCAAUGCAGUGCGGUUUGAAGUCGUUCAUGUUGAGUUCAAUUCCCUGAACGAGAGUUAUCUUGCUGUCGCCGGAUUUGAGGAGUGCCAGGUUUUUACUCUAAGCUCCCGUGGAGAGGUGGUUGACAGACUUGCUGUUGAACUGGCACUCGAGGUUGGCACCUUCAUCAAGCGGAUAUCAUGGGUUCCAGGCUCACAAGUGAAGCUCAUGGUGGUCACAAACAGGUUCGUAAAGAUCUAUGACCUGUCAAUGGACAACAUCAGCCCAGCUCAUUAUGUGACAGUUCUUGAGGAUACAAUCCAGGAGGCAGUUUUGAUCCAGGAUAUGGUCACAGGAAGUCUUGUUGCAGCAGUACUUUCGAACCAAGGUGUGCUCUUUGUUGAACAACUACCUGACAAGGGAGAGAAUGGAGAAGAGGGCUCUGGGGCACAUAUUCUGACCGAGACUAUUCGAAUGCCAGAGUGCCUCGCCGCCGCAGGUAAGGGCCUGUCCUUGUUUUACAGCUCAUUUUCACGGCUGCUUAUUGUAUCUUUCACCAAUGGGCAGUGCAUCAUUGGAAAGGUUGAUGGACGUGGCACGGGGCUGGUGGAUGCUUGCUGCAUCCUAGAGAAGCAGAAAGAUGAGCUGACCACUACAGGGAAAGUUGCCGGGGAUGGUUGUGGUCUUCACCAUUGGAAGGAGAUGUUUGAUGGGUAUGGUCUGUUUGUCUGUUUAUCCAGCUUGAAAGGGAAUUCAGCAGUCGCUGUUCGGGUGGGAAGGGCAGGUAUUGAGGUGCAGCACUUGAGGUCUGGGAGUGCUUCCUCGGUGAGAGUGGAUGGGCUGGCAGCCUAUCGAUCGAUGUCCAGAGAUCGCAGCUAUGUGCUCAUUCUGAAUGACGAUGGUAGCUUACAAGUGUAUUCAUACUUCCCACCGUGGGCACGCGAAGGUGUGCUGAAAGAAGGGGCUUUGUUACAGCAAUGUACUGGAGGCGAGGGAGAGGUGGUGGGCCGGGGAUUUAGCGCAGGAGAGCUUGGGGAGAUCGAGCAGUUAAAAAGGCGUGCAGCUGCUUUGCUGAAUGGGAGAGGAGCUCUCGGGCUUGGAGUGCCAUCUUGUCCAAUUGACUUCUUUGAGAGGACAGGAUGCAUCACAAGUGAUGUGAAGUUCAGGGGAGAUGCUGUCAGAAACAAUGAUCCGGAAGCUAUCAAACACAACCUUGUGGGAGAGGAAGGCUAUGUGGAGAGUUCGAGUCCUGCUGGUUUCAAGGCGGCGAUGACCAAUGAGUUUCGUGCAAUGUUGGACUGGUUCGUGCUGGUCUACUUAGACGAUAUUCUCGUCUACAGUCGGACAUUUGAGGAUCAUCUUGGACAUCUUCGACGAGUGUUGGAGACGCUCCGUCGUGCCAAGUACAAGGCCAACCGCGACAAGUGCGAAUUUGUCCGGCAAGAGCUGGAAUACUUGGGCCAUUUUGUCACACCGGAGGGCAUCAGCCCGCUAUCGGAGAAGAUUCAGGCCGUCCAAGAGUGGCCGGAGCCUCGGAACGUCACGGAUGUCCGCUCGUUCCUCGGUCUUACCGGCUACUAUCAGCGCUUCAUCAAAGGCUACUCCAAGAUUGCGGCCCGCUUGAUCAAGCUUCAGUGCGAGGAUAGGUCGUUUGACUUUGGAGAGGAGGCGCGGGGAUCAUUCCUCGCUCUCAAAGCCGCACUAUUGUCUGCGGAGGUCUUGCGGAUAUACGACCCGCUCGCGCCUACACGUGUCACUACGGAUGCAUCAGGCUAUGGCAUUGGUGCAGUCCUCGAGCAACAUGAUGGUGUGGACUGGCACCCGGUCGAGUACUUCAGCAAGAAAGUGCCACUCGUGCAUUCCAUUGACGAUGCACGCAAGAAGGAGCUCCUCGCCUUUGUAACGGACAACAAUACGUUGGUCUUCUACAAGACCCAAGACACCGUCAACAACACCAUCGCUCGAUUGAUGGCUUUCAUCGACCAGUUCGACUUCUUUCCCGAUCACAUUCCCGGGAAGUCGAACCGUUUUGCGGAUGCUCUUUCACGGCGUCCGGAUCAUUGUACCGCGGUCUACUCGACUUUUGAGAUUGACGAUGACCUGCGGAACAGCUUCAUCCGCGGCUACCAAGCCGAUCCCGAGUUCCGCGACGAGUACGCGAAUUGUUCCUCUCCUAAUCCGGCUCCUUCUCACUACCAGAUCCAAGAGGGGUACUUGCUUGUCCACACGCGGGGGAAGGACCUUCUUUGCAUACCGAGUGAUCCUCACUUGCGUACACGGCUUCUUGGCGAGUUCCACGACGCUCCCGCCACUGGACAUUUUGGAGUCAAUCGCACGAUUGGCCGACUUCGCCAGCGAUUUUGGUGGCCCGGCCUUCUCGGCGACGUCACGUGCUAUUGUGAGUCAUGCGAGGUUUGCCGACGCUGCAAAUCCCGCAAGCACCGUCCGUACGGCGAGUUACGACCAUUGCCAGUCCCGUUGAGGCGAAGGGAAGCGAUUGCCAUGGACAUCACCGGCUUGUUCCCCAAGCACAAGACCGGAGUGGAUGGGAUUCUCACAGUGGUCGACCGACUCACCAAGUUCGCCAUGUUCUUGCCUUGUCGCUAUCAUGCCAAGGCACCGGAGUUGGCCGAGGUUCUGUACGCCGGUUGGAUUCGCACCAAGGGUUACCCCAAGGAGAUCGUCUGCGACAGUGACACUCGGUUCAUUGGUGAAGGUGAACUUGACAGGAUUGAGGAGGAUUUGAGGAAGAUGAAAGCGGAGGAGGAGGACGAUGACGAGGUGGACGGGGACGAGGGCGAGGCGAAGUACUACGAUAUGGUAGCGGAGGAAGAAAAAGAAAAGGUCAAGGAGGAGGAAAAGGAGGAGGUGGAGGAGGUGGAGGAGGUUGAUGAGGUGGAAAAGGAAGAAGAGGAGGAGGAGAAGGUGGAGGAGGUCGACAGGUGGAGGAGGAAGAAGACAAGGAGGAGGAGGAGGGCGUUGGACACGUACCAGGGCGAUGGUGUUCUCCCUGCGACGGCUGCAUGGUCUGGAGCAGCAAGUUUGGUUGUCCUGGCCGGCGGUUUGACGACGUUCGUUCCCUGCAAAAGGCUUGUUCUUGCGAGUGAGCUCGUGGAGGGGGUAGGAUAUCUCAGAGAAGUCGCGGAUGAAGAGGCGGUAGUAGUUGGCAAGAUCGAAGAAGUAGCAAAGUUGCAACAAGGUCGUAGGUGGGGUCCAUGCGGAUACCAUCAGCGGAUACAAUGUGGCCGAGGUAUUCUACGCUUGAAGGAACAAAAGUGCACAGACUUCGAGAAGGUAUCGUCAUAUGUGAUUCAUAGUAGACUGGAAGGUCAUUGGGGCAUUUGUGAGGCUAGAAGGCAUCACAAGGAACUUGUAAUGAGAGCGGAUGACAUCCUUAUGAGUAUCCUCUUCGCGAAUGCGGAUCUGGUGGAACUUGUAAUGCUCAAAGUGAGAGCGGAUGACAUCCUUAUGAGUAUCCUCUUCGCGAAUGCGGAUCUGGUGGAAGUCGCUCCGGAGGUCGAUCUUUGUGAAGUACUUGGUUCCACGGAGUCGAUCAAGAAGCUCGGAGAUGCGAGUUCACGGGUGAGGCUACCGACGGACUGGGUGUGCAUAGGGGACACGUUGAUACUGGAAGACUCGGUAAUGGGGGUGGUGGGGGGUGAUGCGCCUGUGGUGGCAGUGGUGGCAGCAGAAGUGGCAGCAGUGGAUGAGGCGGCAGCGGCUGAAGUGGCAGCAGCGGAUGAGGCGGCAGCGGCUGAAGUGACAGCAGCGGAUGAAGUGGCAGCAGCGGAUGAGGCGGCAGCAGCUUCAGCAGCUUUGCACGAGGUGUUGAUAAUGGUGCUCAAUUCGAACUCGAAUCUGGUGAUGGUGGGAUGCCGCAUUCAGGUGGGAAACUCAUCACCAAGCCACAUUCCAAGUGAGGUGCGUGUGUUCCAGAGAACCAUAAAGCUUGAAGAAGGUGUUCGGCGAUGGUAUGACAUUCCAUUUACAAAUGCAGAGGCAAUCCUAGCCGACAAGGAUUUUACCCUGACAGUGGGUCCAACUUUCAGUGGAUCGACCUUGCCACGGCUGGACUCUGUCGAUGUGUAUGCACGACCAAAAGACAAGUUCGGGUGGAAAGAGAAACUGGAGGCGCUUCAUGAAGUUGACUUGUUGGGCCUUGUUGCUGGGGGAACGAAUGGGGCAGGUAGUGGAGGAUGUGGAGGUGCAACAGGGAAAGCUGGUUCAGCAGUUACAAAGAAUUGCACGCUUGCAGCCGCUGCCUCGCCUCUGGAGAAAGCAGUCUGUGCCUGUUUUCAGGUGCUUUUCUUGUACUACUCAGCUGUUGUGAGUUCUGGACAGAACCUGAACCAGCGGCCAAGCAUCAAGGUGAACUUUGCAGAGCUAUGGGCUACCAGAGCUUCCACAGUUUCUGAAGCGAGAGUAGACUGUUUAGUUGUCCUGGAGCCAGUGCUUGAGAAUGAUCGUCAGCCAGUGCUGCAAGCUUCUGCAAGACGGGUUCUGAAAGCUCUGUUUCCUGUCAAAGCCAUCUACUAUCAGGCAAGGGAUGCGAUGCGAUUGGCAGGACUAGCUCGAGCAAUACCCCUGAUUGAGAGCAAGGCAAUGGUGGGGAGUGGAGGAAGCGUCUGGGCUUUUCAAGAAUUCAAAGCGCAUAUGGCUGCAAUUGGAAGAAUUGCGGUCAAGCGACAGGCAAAUUUGGGAGACUAUUUGGACAAAAAUGGCUGUGAGAUGAUCUGGAAGGUAUUCAACCUGUUCUGGGUGCUUUUGGGGGUGAGCCAGGUGGAAACAAACGAUCUCAACGGCCUUGUCUUUGCAGUGGUGGACGUCCUCUAUGGAUAUGCAGAAUACCUUUGUUGUUGUGGAUCAGCUAACGAUGAAGCACAUGCUGAUCUGGGGCCUGUUGUAAGCAUGAUGCGGCAAUUGUUAUUCGCCCGAAAUGAGGCAGUGCGAGCAGCAAGCAGUCUGGCCCUGUCAUCUCGGCUUUUGCAGCUGACAGUUGCAUUGCCCACCAUGCUGCCAAUGGAGGAGAGUUCUGUGAAGUCACACAUGGCAACAGAUGGUGGAGAAAGCAUACACAGCCAAGGGUUGCCAGAGGAGGAUCCAUCCAUGCAGUCUGUUCAAUAUUGUUGUGAUGGGUGCUCUCUGUGCCCUAUCACUCACAGUCGCUGGCACUGCACUGUAUGCCCAGAUUUUGACCUCUGUGAUGCAUGUUAUGCAGCAGCAGAUGCAGACCUGCCUCCUCCACACAGGAGGGACCAUCCAAUGACCGCUCUCCGCAUAGAUUCUGUAGAGGCGAUUGAGGGUGGGGACGAUGCACCUGACCGGCCUGAUCCAGGUGCAGAUGAUCAUCUCAGCAGGUACUCCUCCAUGGAAGAUGUUUCAGAAGAAGGAUUGCUGCAGCUUGCUGCAGAACUCCGGAUGCACAUAAACACACCAGCUCUACAUCGUGAAGGAGAUAGUGCUGGAGCAGGAACUACGGGUGUCGCUUCAAGGGCAGUGCCGUCUUUUGGGAGCCCCCCAAAUGCAAUGGCGACUCCAGGAACUGGACAGGAGAAGAAGGAGGGCAAGGCAAAAGCCGAUGACUGUGGUGACGCUGGACUUCCAGGGAACGCAUCGGUGAGUUUUGCAGUUGAAUCAUCCCUAUCCAAGGGAAAGGUUGUCCGAGAAAUUCUGCUGAAGCAGUUUGUUGAGGAUAUGUCUUGGAUGCAUCAGCAUUCUGGUGCCGUGGCUAUCCCGGCAAUGCGACUGAUGUUCUCUCUCGCCUCUGCUGCUUCAAGCCCAUUGGUUGACAGUCAGUAUGUUCCGGGUUGGAUGUCAAUGGAGGGGAAGCUUGAUCUAGAAAAGUUGGUUCACCUCAUGCUUGAUCAAUUAAACUUGUCAGUCCCUUUACAUGUAGAAUCACGAUCCGACUUCGGCGAGGUUGCAAUCUUAAUGUUUAUGUUCUUCUCACUUCUCCUUCGCCAUCGGCGUAUGCCUGCAACUAGCUGCAGCUCUGAAGGUACUUCAAACAAGGCAGGAGGUGGCAAGGAGGUGAUCGGGAUGGUUCUUCCAAGUGAGCCUUUUUCAAAGAUGUCCAAGGAUGGUGCAUCCUUCAGUGAUGCAGAAUUGGAUGGCACUCCUGGAAUGGCCCGAGUUGGCUUGCCCUGGGAACGUGCAUGUGCUGUCUUGAGACAGCAAGAGUUGGUGAACUAUCUUCACUCCAUCCUGAAGCGCUUGGGUCCUGCAUUUAAGGGUUCAACGAGGAUGUCAGGGUCUGACUGGGGAACAGGGGAAGCAGCUGGAACAGGUCCCUCAUGCGGGUCACUUCUUGUCAUUCGUCGAGAAUUUGCAGCUGGAAGUUGUUCACCAUUCUUUUCUGAUUCAUAUGCAAAGUCACAUCGUGAGAAUUUGUUUCAGGACUUCUUCCGUCUCAUGCUGGAAAGUGUGUUCCGCCUUGCAUAUGGGCUAGUGAGGAUUGAAAAAGAGGCGGGUGAAAAGGGCCUCUCAAAGGUUAGUGGCAAAGGUGCUAUGAGCAGGAUGGCCAUCUGCCUUGAUGGAUGGGAAGAGGUUCUCUGCUUCUAUAUCAAUAAUCAGCAGGCAAGCUUUGUACGAAAGUAUGCCAGGCGAUUGCUUGUUCAUGUGUGCGGAAGCAAGGGGCAGUAUUACAAAGUAAGGGACAUGUGGCAGUUGGGAUGUGAAGUGCGGAGGUUGUACAAGAUGGCAAAGAAAUCGAGGGGUUUGCAAGAUCCACUUUCAUAUGAGAGGAGGGUCAAGCUUGUCAAAUGUUUGACGGUGAUGGCAGAGGUGGCUGCCUCAAGGCCAUGUAACUGGCAAAGAUUCUGCUUGAAGCAAUCAGAUACUCUGCCCUUUCUUUUUGAUGCAAUCUAUCGCCUUGGGGAGGAAAGUGUAGUGCAAGCUAUGAAACUUCUCACGCUGGCAUUUCAUUCAGGGCAUCCAUUACAAGGGGCAAAGGGUGGGGAUGAUGGGCCUUCCAGUCCUAAAGGUGUGCUGGAGGAGAAGAAGAAGAAGAAGAGUGGGAAAGAGAAGACUAUUGGCAGCAGUGCUGAGGAGGCUGUUGAGGUCGGAUCACAUGACAGGGAAAGGGCCGUCCAGGACAUGGCGCAGGUCACAGAGCUAGUGGUGAGGGAGGAUGGUAAGGUCAUUUCUCAUUUUAUUGACAUAUUCUUGCUUGAAUAUAAUGUGGCAAGUGUCAGGUCUGAGGCUCAGCUGAUGCUCCAGGGUGCAUGGCAUCAUGGGAAGGCUGCCUUCCGGUCCUUGCUUUUGAUGACAUUGUUGGAGAAGAUACCAUCCCUGCCAGCAUAUGGUCAGAACAUUGGCGAGUACACAGAACUGCUGAAGGUUCUCCUACGGAAGGGGUCUCCAAUUGGGUCGGGAGUCGCGGAGGAAGAAGCAAUUGUGCAGUCCUGUGUAACAAAUGGAGUGCUUGACUCACUACUCCAUGCCUUGCAAUCACAAAAUGAGCUACUUGCGAAUCAUCCAAAUUCCAGAAUAUAUAACACUCUCCGCAGUCUUGUCGAGUUUGAUGGAUACUAUCUCGAGAGUGAGCCAUGCCCGGCGUGUAGCAGCCCAGAGCUGCCCUACUCACGGAUGAAGCUUGAGAGCUUGAAGAGUGAGACAAAAUUUACAGACAACAGAAUCGUGGUCAAAUGUCUCGGAAGCUUUACCAUCCAGAGUGUAACCAUGAAUGUGCAUGAAGCACGGCAGUCUAAAUCUGUAAAGACUGUGAACUUGUAUUACAACAAUCGUCCAGUGUCAGACCUAUCUGAACUAAAGAACAACUGGGGGUUGUGGAAGCGUGCAAAAACUUGCCAUUUGGCUGCUGGCCAGCUUGAACUGAAAGUUGAGUUCCCCAUAGCCAUCACUGCCUGCAACUUCAUGAUUGAACUGGAUUCCUUCUAUGAGAAUCUCCAGGCAUCAUCACUCGAGAGCCUUCAAUGCCCCAGGUGCAGCCGUUGUGUAACAGAUAAACAUGGUCUGUGUGCAAACUGUCAUGAGAAUGCAUACCAGUGUCGGCAGUGUCGCAACAUAAAUUAUGAAAACUUGGAUUCAUUUUUGUGUAAUGAAUGUGGCUACAGCAAAUAUGGACGUUUUGAGUUCACAUUUAUGGCAAAGCCUAGCUUUACAUUCGAGAGCAUGGAGAAUGACGAGGAUAUGAGAAAAGGCUUGGCUGCAAUGGAAGCUGAGUCAGAGAAUGCACACAGAAGAUACCAGCAGCUUCUGGGUAUCAAAAAGCCGUUAAUGAAGCUGAUUUCCAGCAUUGGAGAUACCGAGAGUGGAGACUCGUCAAGUUCUCCUACACCUGCAUCAUCUCAUCACCAACAUCAGCAGCAGCCACAACAGCAGCCCCAGCAACAGCACAACCAUCACCAUCACCAACAUCAGCAACAGCAGUUACUGCAGUUGCAGCAGCAGCAGCAGCAGCAGCAGCAGCAGCAGCAGCUCCAUAAGGGUGAUACUGUGCAGCAGAUCUAUGGCACCCUUCAGGGUUCUUCUGCCUCCUUUAAAAUAAACAGGAAGAUUGCAAUCCUGGGUGUGCUUUAUGGGGAGAAAUGCAAGCAGGCAUUUGAGUCUGUCAGCAAAAGUGUCAGGACCUUGCUCGGAACAAGGCGUGUGCUGAUGUCAUACCUGGAGAGGACAAGGGGCUCUGAUGGACCAAGCAGUGUGCCAUUGGGAUUGAAGGAAUUAGCUCUUCGGCCUCCAAAUAAGUGCUUCGGCUGUGCAAACACGUUCGUUGCACAUUGCCUGGAACUGCUGCAGGCACUUGCAGAGCAGCCUAACUGCCGUCAUAAGCUGGUUGCUUCAGGGACUCUUCGUGAGCUCUUUGAGAACAACAUCCACCAAGGCCCGAAGACAAUGCGAGUGCAUGCUCGUGCUGUUCUGUGCCUGUUUACGGAGGGUGAUCCCUCUGCUGUCAGGGAACUGAACCGACUGAUAAGUGAGAAAGUUUUGUACUGCCUGGAACACUACCGUUCAAUGGAUGUCGCUGCUUGUGUCAGGGAUGAUUUUCAACUCCUUGCUGAAACCUGUAUGCUUGUUGACAACUGUUGGGAAGAGAGGCGCCGUCUUGUCCGUCAACUUCUUCUUCGUUCCAUUGAAGUUGGUGCAUGCCAUCCAGUUAUAUCAGAACAUAUCAUUCUUCCCUGUCUCCAGCUUGUUGCACAUUUCUGCAUACCUGCUAAACCUGCAUCACCUUCAGAACAGCGCACUCAAUUGAGUGCCGAUGAUGCUGUCAACGAGAGAUCUUCUCUUGCUCCACUGCCUAGCCGAUUGCAGCGUCCUCACCUGGCAACUAGGGUGUCUAGUGAAGUUGGGGAUAAAGUGGGUAGUAGUAAUUGGGAGCAGGUGAGCUCAAGUGGAAAAGGAGUGGUCCAUCGUCAAUUGUCCUCAAAAGAGGAGCCAAAAUUUGCUAGCAAGUCUCCAGGAAAAGGUGGGGAUACUGUUGUUAAGGAAGCACAGGUUCAUAACGCUCUUGCACUUAAGUACUGGCUAAGGUGGAGACAGAGGUUGGGUGCCAAGAAUGACAUGGACAUACUUGAGCAGUCGCCUUGGAUAAGGGAGCUGGUUCUGAGUGCCUGCUCUCAGGCCAUUCGCAGUGAGGUAUGUCGGCUUGUGGAGAUGUUAUCAGCACAAAGCGAGAGGAAGAGGCUUCUAUUCCUGGAUCUCAUGAUGCUGCUGCUUCCAGUUGCCAGGGGUGCUGGGGAGAGUGCAGCUGAGUACUUCGAACUUCUUAGCAAGAUGAUCGAUCCUGAAGAUACUCGGUGUUACCUAACAGUGAAGGGAUGUCUGCCCCAGUUAUGCGAAUUAGUAUCAGCGGAAGUGAAAAGGAUUGAGGAUCAGGAGGAAAGUUACUAUGCAGACAUCUCUCAAGGUUACACCCUUCAUAAACUGCUUGAGCUUCUGAGCAAGUUUCUGACAUUGCCAAGCAUUCGGAAACGGUUUGUUAAGCAAGGUCUUCUUUCACAGGUGCUUGAAGCCUUGCUGGCCAUGAAAGGUUUAAUUGUUCAGAAGACAAAGCUGACAGGAGAUUGUACAAGGCUGCUGAAGGACUUGCUGGAAAACAUGCUGCAGGAGAGUGAAGAGAACAAAAGGGAGUUCAUCCGUGCAUGCGUUGUAGGUCUGGAAAAAGACCGCAGCCUGGGACGCACACAGCUGUUCAUACUGGAGCAGCUUUGCAACAUAAUAAGCCCUAUUAAGCCAGAGCCGAUAUACUACUUGGUGCUGAAUAAAGCACACACACAGGAAGAAUUCAUUCGAGGUUCAAUGAACAAGAAUCCAUAUUCAUCUGCAGAUAUUGGACCUCUGAUGCGUGAUGUGAAGAACAAGAUUUGCCAGCAGCUUGAACUUCUAGGUCUGAUCGGUGAUGAUUAUGGAAUGGAGCUCCUUGUUGCUGGGAACAUUAUAUCCUUGGACCUUUCAAUACGGCAAGUGUAUGAGCAGGUGUGGCAAAAGGCACAGAGCGGACAGCCAGGUGUCAGCUCUCCUUUUAGGGAGGGCACACCUAUGACAGUCACAUACCGGUUGCAGGGCCUGGAUGGUGAGGCAACAGAGCCCAUGGUGGAUUCCUUGGAGGAUGACAGAGGAGAGGCACAAGAUCCAGAAGUCGAGUUCGCCAUUGCUGAAGUUAUGGCUAAGUGUGGCGGCUUAAAAGUUCUAUUGGACUUGAUGCAGAAUCUUGCAUAUGAUGAUUUGAGGGCAAAUGAGGAAGAAGUGGUGCUGCUCCUGAAGCUGCUUAAUUUAUGCUGUAAGAUACACACCAACCGUCGGGCCUUGCUUCAACUUGGUGCUCUUCGGUUAUUGCUGGAGCGAGCACGGAAGGCUUUUGUUAAUGAACAUAAUGGAGAGGUGGCAGAGAGCCUCCUUUUGAUCGUUGAGAGCCUUGUUGAGGAAGCAAAUGAAAGUGAAAUGUCUCUUGGAGAGGGAGGCUGUGGUGGGAUGGGAGUGGGUGUGGAAGCUGUCUCUGCUGUCAAGAUGUUCUUGGAGAAAUUGUCACCUCCGUCUACAAAGGCACAGCAUCGGAACACAGAUACAGUGGCAAGGAUCUUGCCAUACCUGACGUAUGGACAGGCCCCUGCUAUGGAGGUUCUGGUUGAGUAUUUUGUGCCUUUCUUGGACUUUGCAAAGUACGACAAGCUGAUGGUAGAAUAUGACAAGGUAAUGCAACACCAAGCAGAAAACCCAAAAGGUGAGAUGAUUGCGAAGGCUGCCUUCCACCAUCAUCUGGCUCUAGAAAGUUUUGUCAAGAUGACUGAGAGUAUAAAGCUGAAUCCAAGUGGCGAGAAGCUGAAGGGGCUUGUUAUGGAAAAGAAAAUCACUGUGAGAGCCAUACACCACUUGAUGGAAGCUUUUCCUGGGCUUGGUCCUGGUGGGCAAACUGCAGACUAUAAGGCGUCACCGGAAUGGGCUGCCGGCGUGUCUCUGCCUUCAGUGCCUGUCAUUUUGGGAAUGCUCAGGGGUCUUUCAAGGGGACAUAUCCCGACUCAAGAAUGCAUAGAAAGGGAGGGGUUGCUCCCUCUUCUUCAUGCUCUUGAGAGUGUGUCAGGAGAGAAUGACAUUGGUGCCCGUGCAGAGAAUCUUCUUGACACUCUGGCAGAUGAAAGCAAAGAUGGUGGGGUGUUGGUUGGGUCUCUUCAUUCAAGGGUAUGCCGUCUACGAGAAGCGACAAGGGAUGAGAUGAGGCGCCGUGCUCUCCGUAAAAGAGAGGAGCUCUUGAAGGAUAUGGGGAUGCAUCGGGAGCUGCGUGCAGAUGGUGGAGAGCGGAUAACACUGGAGGCAGCUCCAGCAAUCGAAGGAUUGGAGGAGGUUGAAGAGGAAGAUGCCGAGUUAUCCUGCAUGGUAUGCCGUGAAGGAUACAGAUUACGACCGUCGGAUAUGCUAGGUGCUUAUUGCUACAGUAAGCGAGUAAAUCUUGGUUUGCUUUGGGGAGGUCAGAGCAGCAGGUCUGAUUGGAUUUACAGCACAGUGAGUCAUUUUAAUAUCAUUCACUUCCAGUGCCACCAGGAGGCAAAGAGAGCUGAUGCUGCCCUGAAAACUCCAAAGAAGGAGUGGGAGGGUGCCGCUCUGAGGAACAGUGAGACACUGUGUAACAAUUUGUUCCCACUGAGAGGGCCAGCAGUACCACAGGCAAGCUACAUGCGCUGUGUGGAUAUGUAUUGGGACAACCUAAACUCUCUGGGAAGAGCUGAGGGUGGCCGGUUCCGGCUACUGGUUCACGACCUCUCCUGCCUACUUGGCCGGUUUGCUACUGGUGCAUCGUUUAGCGCUGACAGUAAGGGUGGUGGUCGUGAGAGCAAUUCCAGGUUGUUACCAUUCAUGGUGCAAAUGGGCGCUCACCUGUUGGAGCAGGGGGGCGCAGUACACUGCCGUGCUCUGCGGCGUGCUCUCAGCUCAUAUGUCUUGGCUGCAGAUGCAGAAAAUGGAACAGGUGUCACCGGGUUUGGAGGAGCUGUUGAUCAUGUAAUGGCCUCUCCUUCAAAGCUUGCUUCAGGUCUGGGUCUGGCAGGGCUCAUACCUCAAAUGACUCCUCCACCAAGCGGGCGGUCUACAGAGGAAAGUGUGCCGUAUGUGCUGGUCUUAACUGUGCUGCUGAUGUCAUUGGAGGAUUGGCAGAAACACCGUCGAUUGUUUUUGCAGAGGGCUAUGCAACAUGCAUAUAUUCAGGCUCGCCUUGGUAAACCUGUUCUUGCUGUGUCGCCUGGUCCGGGCUCUUCAGGAGCAACGGCAGCCUUGUCUGGGUUCGCCAAGCUUCUCCUUCGACCAACACCAAAACUAUCUGGCUUCCUCGGAUCCUCAGGUUCCCUGCAGGCUGAAGAAAAAUCAUUGCUGGGAGAUGCCAGGGAGGGUGACAGUGAGGCGGAGUCCAUGCAUAUGCAGCAGUUGUUCCAGAUUGUGCAUCCCAUGUUGACAUAUGUUGGUCUUAUUGAGCAGAUGCAUAGCUUUUUCAAGACGAGAGGACGGGCAGGCAGUUCUGUGCAGGCAGGGCAAGGAGAAACGCAAGGCGCAGCAGGAGCAAGAGAGGGGUGCGAAGGGCACAUUGAGGGGGAAGAGUCCUGGGAGAUGGUAAUGAGAGAGAGAUUGAAGGAUGUAAGCGCGCUGUUGGGCUUCUCCAGGGAAAUGCUUGAAUGGCUAGAAGAGAUGCAGGGGGCGGACGACCCACAGGAGGCAUUUGACGUGAUGGGAAUGCUGUCGGAUGCCCUCACGGGGGGAUCUACCUCUGACCAGUUUGUUCGGGAUGCCGUCUCUGCCAUUGGAAGAGGUUCCACAGCCAAACGAUAGUUUCCGUGGUGCUAGCCAAACGAUAGUUUUUGGGGCAAUGUUGGUGUUCGUCUCUUGGAUGUAAUUAGGAUCCACUGCAAGAGAGUGCAGGAUGAAACCAGCUCCGUGGUUUUACCCCCUGUGCCUCCAACACCUGUGUCCCAUAGUUGCGGUGGAGACGAUGCAGUAUCUUGUAAACCUGCACGUUUCUAUAUGAUUUUGGGUCUAUGGAGCAAAGGUCUCUGCGAUGAGUGGGCCCACCACCGGCAGUUGGUCAAUGGAGCAUAUAAUGUGGAUUUGAGGGUUGUUUUGGCAUGCCCUGGACGGCCUGCACCUCUCUGCAUUUCGAGUUUACAGGUAGGAAGGUGAUUUGAUUGGUUUUUGAAAAUGUAAUGUUUUUAUUCUGUGAAAUGUUUGUUGUUUAGAUAGGCCAGACACAGUUUGUAGAAUGUUGGUAUUUGAAGAAGAAUGUGUACUUGUAAAUACGGGCUGGAAAUAUGAGGUCAGACCAUGACGGAGAAUGCUGGGAGGACACAGCAGAGACACGAUGCCGAUGACCAUGGAAAGAGCCAGUGUGCACACCCUCUCCACUUUUGUCCACAACAUUAUGGAGGCCAUGGAGAACAAAGGAGGAAUGCUGGUCGCCUCACUGCUUAGUUUGUUUGGGGUGCGCUAAGGGAGGUUGGUAGCCGGUCACGGCAAUGUAUGGAAGAUGUGUUUUGGAUGAGGAUCACAUCUUGUUCCACUCGGCCCGUUUCAGUGAGCGUGUCUUCUUAGGAGCUUGUGUUGCAUUUCCUUUCUCAUCGUUCCCGCGUCUAGUUCUGGUGGACGUAGUUACCCUGGGAUGGAUGGAGGGUGUUCAGAUCGGUGAAUGCUGUGAAAUGUUGUGAUAGGUUGACAAAGCUGCCAUGAUGGUUCUAAUUUGGGCUAGCUGUAGGAGAUCUGGAUUGUAGAGAGCAAUGAUGUGGCUCAUUUACAGCCACUGAUUUUUUGGGGAGUUUCUGAAUUCUCAAAUAAUAAAAAUGGUUCGCUUUU